UAGAAGAGUAUAUGCUUGUUGCACUCGUAACCUCAAGUUCCUGCAUGCUUACAACCUGGUCUUUCAUUGGAAUGGGAGAAAUCAUGACAAAAGAGGCCUUUGAUUGGGUGUUCAGUGAUCCUAAGAUUCUUACGGCUGCAGCUGUAAUUUUAAGACUCAUGGAUGACAUCACAACACAUGAGUUUGAGCAAAAGAGAGGGCAUGUGGCCUCAGGCAUUGAAUGUUACAUGAAGCAACAUGGUGUCUCUGAGGAACAAGUGUACAGUCAGUUCUACAAGCAAGUUGAGAAUGCAUGGUUAGAUAUUAACCAGGAAUGCCUAAAACCUACUGCUGUUCCAAUGCCUCCCCUCACUCGUGUGGUCAAUCUUUCAUGAGUCAUGGAUGUCAUUUACAAGGAGGAAGACGGGUACACACAUGUUGGGAAAGUGAUGAAGAAUAAUAUUGGAUCUGUGCUCAUUGACCCCAUAGUAUGACCAAAUGGAGUUAUUUAUAAUAAAUCACUGUAAUAAGGUGUGUUAG